GACCUUACCGCCAUUUUGAUAUCCUUGGGCUCCCUGUGUACGUGAGGUUGCCUAGCAUAUCCCGUGAGCCUUUUCAGGCGCCGAGGGUAAACGUCAGCAAAUCCAACAUGGACUCCAUCGUCUUGGAUGCCUCUUUGUACACUGUCAAAGCUAUUGCUAUUUUGGAUAAUGACGGAGAGAGGGUAGUAGCAAGGUAUUAUGAUGAUACAUAUCCUACUACAAAGGAACAGAAAGAGUUUGAAAAGAAUCUUUUUAAUAAAACCCACAGAGCAAAUGCUGAGAUCAUAAUGUUAGAAGGCAUGACCUGUGUUUACAGAAGUAGUGUUGAUUUGUACUUCUACGUCAUGGGCUCAUUUAAUGAAAAUGAGCUGGUGCUUGUGAGUGUGCUAAAUGCAUUCUACGAUGCUGUCAGCAUGAUGUUGAGGAAGAAUGUGGAAAAGCGCAGUCUGAUGGAAAGCUUGGAUGCUGUCAUGUUAGCCAUGGAUGAGAUCGUGGAUGGAGGGGUGAUAUUAGAGGCUGAUUCUAGUGCCAUAGUACAAAGAGUUGCUAUGAAGAUCGAUGAUGUGCCUAUCACAGAACAGACGGUUGCGCAGGUCUUACAAACAGCCAAAGAUCAACUUAAAUGGUCCCUGUUAAAAUAGUUAGCAAUAGGUAGAACAAAAAUACAUUUAUGUAAAAAGAAAAUAUGUGUGCCUCAAGAUAAAAAGGCAACGGAGGAACUUCUAACUUCUGUCCACUUAUUCCUGGGCAAUAACAAAAAAACUUUACCUCCUUAGAUUCAGAACAUAGCUAAAAAAAACUGUAGUCAUUAACAAAAAUGACCGAAAACUAUUCGCACACAGAAACUAACUCAAUAUCCUUUUCUAUCUACAUGUCAAUCUUUAAAAGUGUAUCAUUUUAUCAAUGUACUGUUCCAUUUAAAUUAUUGCAAAUUUUGGCUACCGGUGCUUUGCAGUUUUUGCCAAUAAAACAUUUUAUCGACAUUAUUUAGGGUUAACCCCCUAUUCUACAUGCAUGUUUAGCCAGAGUUGCAAAAGCGCGCCCAUAAGGCCUAACUUACUGGCUUGUUUACCUCAUUGUUCUAUUGUAUUCCCGUUCGACUUUUUCCCCCCCAUUGUUUUGUCUGUAGUGCAUCACUCCAAUAAGUCAAAUUUUCUAAGAGCAUCUACACGACCGUGUUUAACUAUUAUUUUCACCAUUGUGAGACGAUUGAUGAUAUGAAGGGAUAAGGGCUAACACGUAAACGCCUGUCAUUGUAAGCAAACUACUAGAUCCAGCCAUAAAAACAUGUACUGGUUUCGAAUGAAAUUACCUACACAAUAGAAAA